UUGGAAUUGUGGACAGAGAAUGAACUGGUUUGUUGGACUUUCCGUGGAGCGUCUUCCUUCAUAGAUAAUAAAUACCACAGAGAAAGACUAGCUUUUGUGAUGUUGGACUGUAGCCCCAUCUUCUCCCAUAAACUAGAGAGGAUCUUUUUCCUCUCACAUGGCGGCGGCUUCUUCAAUUUGCCAAGCUCCCUUCACUCUUUUUCAGGGGUCAAAUUGUCUUAAACGAAGAAAAUUGAAAAACACUUCACUUCCUCGUUGUUUUUCUCCUUCAAGAUCCUUACUUUGUAGUGGAUUUCUUUCAAGGAGACCUCUUUUGAGAAGGAACUCGUUCUGGGUAUCGAAAACUAUGGAUGAAUCCGUGAGAACUUCUGCUUUCAGAGAUGGAGAAGGGGAUGAAAACAUCCAAGUGUUUGAACAGGAAGCUUUCAUCGAUGGACCAUCCCCGUUUCAGUCAAAGUUUUUGUCGCAUGAGGUGGAAUACAAGCUCAAUAAACUGAGCAAGUGGAUAGUAACUGCCCUCUUUGGUGGUUUCAUUCUUUGGAGGCAUGAUGCAGAAGCCUUAUGGUUUACCUCAGGGUCAAUUUUGAAUGCAUUGCUUUCUGUUUUGCUCAAACGUAUACUGAAUCAGGAACGACCUUCAACCCUGAAAUCUGACCCGGGAAUGCCAUCUUCACAUGCACAAUCCAUAUUCUUUGCUGUCUUCUUUGUUAUUUUGUCAGGCGUAGAAUGGCUUGGGCUAAAUGUAUUUACCAUUGCCAUGAGUGGAUUGGUCCUGACAUUUGGUUCUUUCUUUUCGUACCUGAGGGUGUCGCAACAGCUUCAUACAGUGAACCAAGUGGUUGUUGGAGCUGUAAUUGGGUCCAUUUUCUCUAUUUUAUGGUACUGGCUGUGGAACGGUUUUAUACUGGAUGUUUUUGUAUCUUCUCUAUGGGUUAGAAUCGUUGUUGUUUUGGGGUCUGUGGGACUCUGCAUAGGUUUUGUUUUAUUUACUAUUCGUUAUUGGCUUCAAGAUGACUAGAAGAACUUCAAGACGUGUAAAACAUUUCAAUGCGUUUUAAUGUGUUAAUGACACAUCUCAUUUUCUUUCUUUCAA